AUGUCUACAUCAGUCGCGGGCCGCCUCACAGGCCGUAUCGCCCAAUUCUUUCGAAGCCGUCGUGUGCGAACCGUGAUCUUCAUUGUCGGUGCUUACAAGGUGUACACUACUGCCCGCACCUACAAUGUCCUGUACAAAGUCUUUAAUCAUCAUCAUCACCUUCCUGGGCAGACCAUCCUCGAUCUGGACCUCGACAAAAUCGAAAUCGUCUCACACGAUUCCUUUAACCCAUUAGGCUCCAAUGAAGAGAUUCGUCUCCAAAAGCUCAUCACUACAAUCGAAAGCGCAAAGGCGGACCCGCGUGUCACUGGCCUUGUUGUUCGAGGGCUUGGCGGGUUGAGCUCUGUUGGCCUGGCCGAGAUUUGCGAGCUGCGCAAUGUCAUCCAGGACUUCUCCAAGGGAUGGGGUGGAAAGCAGACCAUGCUUCACGUUCCUGAAGGCCUUGGUGGUGUAAGUAAUGGGACUGUUCCUUUAUAUUUUGCCUCUGGCUUUGAUUCUGUGCACGUCCAGCCAACCAGUGCCGUCAUCACGCCUGGGCUUUCCGGUGGUACUUUGUUCUUCAAAAAGAUGUUAGAACAUAUAGGUAUUAAGGCUAAGAAAGUUGCCCGGAAGGAGUAUAAGACCGCAGCUAAUUCCUUCACUGAGGAAAAGUUCACGGAACCUCACAAGGAAUCCACUGAAGCCCUAUUGAAGGCGGUCAUGUCUGAGAUUGUCACGCAAGUCGCAGCCGGUCGACAUAUCUCUGAGGAUCGCGUUACGGCAGCAAUCGAUGUUGGCGUGAUGUGUGCGAAGGAAGCAGAAGAGCUUGGUAUCAUUGAUGAGUCGCUAUAUCGUGAUGAACUACCCAACGCCAUGAGAACAAGGCUGCGUCAUGCUGCGGAGAAUCGGGCAGAAUCACGCACAGAGAUUAUUGAGGAAUGGCGAAAUGCAAUGCAGGAGCUGAAACAAGUGUGGGUUGAUACUAAGAUGGACGAUGAGAUAUGGGCAAAUGGGGAUGUUUUGCAGAACACUGCCGAGUUUGAGACUGCUGUUCCGGGAGCUAUGCUUUUCGCAGAUGAGCGCCAGGACUGGGUCAAGAAGACAAAUACGGCCGAGCUAAGAGCGUUGAAGGCCCACUUGCGGUGGCUGGAAAGUCGUCCAUGGGAAGAAGUAAGUCCGAAGGAUGCGAAACAUAGCGUGUUCUUUACAACUUCGAACAUUUCAUCCAUAUUGCAAGUGGAAAAGCGUCUCUGUGAGGACGCCAUCAGAUCGCUUGAGGGCUGCCCAACGCUUUUGGAAAGUUUACGAAAGGAUGCGGAAGAUGAGAAUGUACUCCAGCUGAACAUGAAAAGCUCUCUUUCCCUAAUUCGAUGGUGUCGAGGAAUGUGGAGAGCGAAGUGUCUCGCCUCGAGAAUCGUUGGGACCCUUCAAGAUUCAGACGAGCAGCUCAAAGAAGCAUUGUCAAGCACUUCUGAGGAUGACAAAUCAAAGAACAAACUAGAGGACCUGGCGCACUGCCCUCGAGUCUUCCUCAUUGGAUUUUCAGACGCAUUAAGAAAUAGGAUUCCACACAAUGUCGCCAAAGCCGAGGUGAAACAGGCCGUGGAGAAAGAUAAUGCCCAUUUGGAGGCGGACGAAGUAGAUUCUGCGGAAACUGUGCUGCCUGCGAACGAAGAACGGUCACAAGAGGGCAGACGAAUGGAACCAACGCUUCGACAUGUAAGAUUAUCAGACUAUGUCGAGCUUCUCCACAGUGAGAAACGAGCUGUGCAUGACUCCUCGCAACCGUUUGUUAGGUUUGAAAGUGCGAAUCCGCUGCAGAAGCUGCCUGGAACAAUUGACAGCCAAGAACGGAAGGCUCUAGCACGGCUGCAACUGCCAGGACACCGAUUUGCUCCGUGGCGGAUGAGCGUUCCGAAAGGGGACAUUGUUGCGGUAAUCAAUAUUCACGGUCCGAUAACUGAUGAGGGAGCUGAUACGACACGUGCAGCUAUCCGUCGGGCUGACAAGGAUCCUUAUGUAAAGGGCAUCGUCCUUCGCAUUGAAUCACCAGGGGGCUCAGCGACUGCUUCGGACUUGAUCUCUAGAGCCAUUGAGGUUGCGGAGAAACCAAUUGUCGCUAGCAUGGGCAGUGUUUGUGCAAGUGGAGGAUACUUCAUUUCAGCUCCCUGUGACAAAGUCUUGGCGAGUAACAUGACCAUUACCGGAUCCAUUGGUGUCAUAUUUUCGAUCUUCAACACCGCUGGUCUUUUUGAAAAGCUUGGAAUCACUUCCGACAGUGUUGAAACUGCGCGUUUCUCUAAGUAUUAUGGUGCUCAAGGAACCAUCACGGAGUGGUCUGAAGAAUUUUCGACUCGAGUCAACUCACUAAUUGAUAAUUUCUACUCUGACUUUGUCUCGGUUGUCGCAAAGGGCCGAGGUAUGGGAUACGACAAGGCCGAACAAAUUGCCCGGGGUCGCGUCUGGGCUGGCUCUGAUGCCCUUGCCCUAGGUCUUGUUGAUGAGAUUGGUGGACUGCAGGAAGCUAUUCACGCUGCCGGUGAAUUAGCCUGUUUGGCUCCAGACGCAGAAAUUCGUGCAGUAGAUUACCCUACCAUGGCUAUGAAGGUUGCAGAUGCCGCGCGGCGGAGAGGACUGAUUCCCUCACAUCUAAACGAGGAGGGUGACGAGGCAACUCCGGAGCGCGGGAGAAGAUGGCUGUGGGCCAUGGGAAGGCAAACUCCGGAUGAUAAUCGCGAUGAAAAGCCUGAUGAGCCACAAUCCAUUCAAAGCAUUUUGAUGCCAAUGUGGUCGUAUGAGUACGAGGACUUCUAUCAAGUUAUGUUUAGCCGGCUGUUGUUACAGUUAGACAGGUUUCUAUUGACGUCCAGUGCGCCGACACCUGUUACUAGUCUUGUCGAAAAAGGACUACGUCAUCUACUUGGCAAUGUCCGCAAAGACCAGGUAGCAAAUCUCAUCGCUGAAGAAUUGGAGAGGACACGAGCGACGGCGGGGCGUGCAGCAGCAAUUGCCCCUCACAUCCAGGUCGAUGGUUAGGUUCCCAGAGGCACAAUUUUGCUCAAGACCGAAUAAAAUGUACAGAAGAAAAAA